GCACAAGUGGAUGGAACGCAGGUCAAAUAGCUCUCGCGUUAUCGAGGUAUGGACAUCAAAACAAUAGUCCCGCGGGCAAAACCCAGACUUGUAUCCAACUCGUUUCGUUAAGUAUCAAGAUCCUUAAAUCUAUUUUAAAUAUUGAAUUAUAGAUUCCAAUUAAUAAGGUCUGACAAACUCAAGGCAGUGUCUCGCGCAAUGACAUAAAAAGCUUGGGUGAUUAGCAAUGACGUGAAUGGUAAAACUCCUACAAGAACUGCCAAGACGUAACCGUUCGAUAAAUUGCCAUGAUCAGAUAUAAUCUACCUUUUCAACAGGAAAUUGCAGAGCCGUUAUCUUUAUCGGAUAGUUUGCACUGAUCACGGCGUUGGGUUUACUCUUCUGAAAUAGCCUAUAGACCGAAUUCGCUCGCUCGGAUCACAACUCGAUAAUUUCACACUGCAGACCUUCGAUUUCACGGGCGCGGGAGACACUGGUGAAUUUGGAAAUUUCGAUAAGGAGUUGUUUAGGACUGGAGGGGUACGGCAAAGUUUGGCGUCAGUUGCAGAAGGCGAGAGAGGAUGGUUUCGCACCUGUUCCUAAUUGGAUUGUGUAUCCUAGUGACAGGUUUAUCACGGGGAACAGCAGAGUCCGAUACAACAAAUUCAGAACUCACUACAGAUGAACCAGAUGACCCGGAUGGACCGACAGCUGCGCCAGAUUAUAUCAUAUAUUUAGAUGAUACCCCCUGUCUCCUAGCAACUAUAAACGUAACACUACGAAUAAAUUAUAAAGCACAGUCGGGGAUUUUCAAUGAGAUUAACAACAAAGAAGUGCUGUUAUCAAUGGACGAGAGCGCGGUCGUGAACGGCAGUUGCGAGGGCAACGUCAGUUUCCUUUCGAUGACGUGGUGGGACGGACUUCUGGGACUCAACUUCACCUUUAUAAAAGAGGAGACGCCAGUGUCAAACAGCGUAGUACGAGGCGAGUGGUGGGCCACCGAGAUACACCUGUCCUACGAUACUUCCAACAGUUCCGUAUUCCCAGAGGCUAUACAAGUUUCAGGGGGCAUUGAAGACCUGGCAAAAGAUGACCUUGAACUUUUCAAGUCGCCGUUAGGAAUGUCCUUCUUCUGCGAUUCACAAGAACGGAUAACAAUAGGGAGCCGUGAAAAUGCCGCCAUUGUGGCAUUCCGCCAUGUUCAUAUACAGCCCUUUCUUGUCAAAUCAGGGAUGUUUUCUACAGCGAGAGUGUGUAACGAGGAUGUGGAGAUAGUGUUGGACAAGAAGCAGGCCUACCUUGUCCCCGUUAUUGUUGCUUGUUGCCUAGGAGCCAUCUGCAUUAUGGUUGUCAUUGGAUACGCCAUCAGUCGCAAAGUGAACAGAUACCAUGACCAGUCUUCAUACAAACCAAUGGAUUAGUGACACGUCACGUGAUAAACCAACGCUACAACCAAAUCAAAGCGUCCUGGAUUGCGAAAUAACUUCAGCAAAACCAUAUAUAUGACUAUACAGAAAAAUGCUUUGCUUAUAAUCAGAAUAUAUGAUACAAUUUGACAAGAAAUCGGGUUGAAGUUUGCUUUAACUAAUAAUUGUAACAAUGUGAUGCUUCUUUUCAGAUUACGCAACACAUUCUUCAAAAUGAAAUGAUGAAUGAUAAUUUUGUAAAUAUAAUUAUAUUAACUGAGGGUCAAAAGAAAGUAUACCAAUCAUGUAUUUUUCGAAAUGGUAAAAACUACAAAAACAAAAGUUGAUGCAAACGUAUUUCGAAUGUAUGAUCCUUUGAAAUGAUAUACUGAAGAAUUACCUUCAAAUAUCAGCAUCACAGUGCUCCAACAGCACUUGGGGGUAAAAUGGGCGACUUCACAUAACAACACUCAUGAAGGAGAUUGAAAAAACAUUAUCAUAACUAGCGUGUGCGAUGGCGGACAGAGAUCGUUAGGCGUCUAAUGACGUCAUCAGAAAUUGCCCUCUCAGUGCCUGAACAAACUGAUAACUGUUCAUUUGUGGAUUUGGGAGGGCGUUGAAUUCCAUGGCCACAUUGGUACAUCCGUUUUGAGAAAAUCAGAAAAAAGCACAUGUUUCCAGUUGCGACCUUGAACGUCGAUGUUGCCUCGUCAAGGUCAUUCCUCUGAAUGGUCGAUGGGCCCUGAUAGCAUGCUGGUGACGUACUGUGUGACGACUGAUUGCACGCCCAAGCGUGAUAUGGUUCAGGGACUGUGAUAAAUACUACCUUACCAUGUCCUAGCAUGCUUUACUGUUGACUGAUGACUUUAUAUAUGGUCAUCUUACAGUACAGCAUCGCCCAAACGCAGUAAUCUGUUACAAUUGUUACGUUACAUUACUGGAAUCUAACCUUCCAUGAACGUCAUUUGGGUUUUUCUUUCUAGCACAGAUUUUUCGGUAUACUUUCUAUUGAUCGUCAGUUUUUACCAACAUUAUAUUAUACACUUACCAUUUAUAAGCAUUAUUUCUUAAUAAUUGAGUCUUUCAUGGUAGAACAGAUGUAUAUCAAUGUCUGAAAAGUGGAAGGGAAAUGAACGGAGAAUAUGCUUUAAUAGAUUAGAAAUGACCAAGUGAUACUUGAGCCACGUUUUUAUGUUUCCGCGAAAUAGUGUUCAACUGCCCUUCCAUAUUUGGAUGUCUAUGGUUGUGAUUAGUGUAUGCCGUGUGAGUAUUAAUGUAGUACAUGACUGUAGAGUUGUAGUGUUAAGUAGAGUGAAACGGUUACCUAGGUGUGUGUAGUCACGCUAGAACUUGGCUAUUGCGUCUCAUUGAAACUGGGGCAAAGUGGUUACAAUGGUCAAGUUAUUGUUAUGGAGCGUUUCAGAUCAUAUGCAUGUACAUGCUGCAUGAUUGUAACUUACGAUUGGAUAUCGAACUGUAUCUGAGAUCAGUAUGAUCCUGUAACCACGUAAGAAAAUGAUGAUGAUGAUGAUGAUGAUGAUGAUUUUGAUUUUUUCUUGCAGCUUAUGGCAGCUUAUUGUAUGUCCUUUGCCGAAAAAGAUAUCUGUUACUAUAUGAACUGCCAGAAUGGAGAGUGUUUAAAGACGUAUUGUAUCUUUGGAAAACAAUAACUAGAUUCACCAUUGCAUGGAACGUAUUUGAAUAGUUCAGUCUUUUGUCUCGUCAUCAUUUCCACAUGAAUGAAAGUACAUUGGCCUUUUGCUUCAACGCCACGAGGAACUUUUAAGACUGUAUGGGCAUUUGGAGAGGAAACGCCGUUGUAGGAUUUCAACAAUGCUUACUAUACUUUGUUAAAAGUGGCGAUCAACCAACAGCGGCAAGUGUGUGUCCAGGAACACGUUUCUGUGAGAAGGAUGUGAAGGGAUUUUAAGGUGCAACUAUUUGAUUCCAAACGACCCCACAUUUACUAACUGACAACACGGUGAAGAUCGAAAGAUCGAUAUGGGAUUAAAAAAGUUUUGAACCCACCACCUCCACACCCACCCUCAACUCACGCACGCACGCACGU